AUGGAGAAUUCCUCACAGCAUGAGUUCUUCCAGGGGUUGAGAUUUGGCGGGCUUCUUCGUGAUUGGCUGGUUACAGGUUUGGGCGGACCCCUCCCCUACUCUGAGCUCCAAGCCCCGCCCACACCUCGGCUCUUUAAUUUUUACAUGUGUUUAAUGGAGGAUGCUGCUGCUGGGCCCCGCUGGAGGAACGAACGGACAGGUCGUGGGAUCUUCACUACUGCCCCAUUCGAAAAAGGGGACUUCCUACUAGAGUACCAAGGUCAACUCAUUACCCAUCAGGAAUGUGAGAGGAGGCAGAGGAUCUACCAUGACAGCCUUAAGGACUUCAUGUUCAAGUUCCGUUUUGAUGGAAAACUCUGGUGUGUUGAUGCGGCUAAAGAGGACGGGACCUUGGGCAGACUGGCCAACGAUGACCAUGUAAACCCGAAUGCAAAGAUGAAGUACAUUAUGGUUGAAGGAAAGCCCCAUCUGUGCUUGUUUGCAAAACAUAGUAUAAGCCCUGGAGAGGAGAUCACAUAUGAUUAUGGUGAUUCAGACUGGCCAUGGAGAUAUAAGGAUGAUGCUGCAGGGACCCAUGGCAGUGAAAUGGUGGACAAGCCCCAUGACACUAAGAUGGCAGCAGGGACCCAUGACACUGAGAGGGUGGACAAGCCCCAUGACACUAAGAUGGCAGCAGGGACCCAUGACACUGAGAUGGUGAACAAGCCCCAUGACACUGAGAUGGCUGCAGGGUCAUGUCCAGAUCCAAGGAAUCCCAGCAGGGUUGGAAAGUGUAAAAAUCAUCACCUUGUGCUCACAACAGUAGCCACCCUGGAUAAGUGCAUUCAGUGUGUGGGACCUGUAUCAUCGUUGAAGUGGUUAGGCUAUGAAUGCAAAGAUGAAAUCGCAGUAAGUGACACUGAGACCAAGGACAGUGAGAGUGAUUCUGAUGCCACUGGCACAGCAUUCCCAGAGUGUGAAACUAGUGAGGCUGUGGACGCUGCAACAGGCUCUACAGCCACGGAGCAGGUCCAUGAUGCUGCAGAUUUUGAAGCAGUGUCAUCAGUGACCUCCACCGUGAAUGAGACUGUCCCUCUCUCUGAAGGACAAGAUGCUGGUCAAGAACAUGAGUCCAGAAGAGUGCCAAAGAAAGUGUGGUCUAAGGCUGAGGUUGCUGCAGUAAUGCAGCAUUUCAGAUGUCACAUUUGUAAAGGAAAACUGGCCACCAAAAACGAAUGUAGUCAUUGCAAGCUGGUAGAAGGCCCUGCAUUAGCACAAAGAACAGUGCAAAAUAUACGGGACUUUGUCAGAAACAGAGGAAUAGCUGGAAAAAGACAGUCACAGAAACAGAAGCUAUAAAUCCACAGGGUUCAAUUGUGUAUGUGGUUGUUUGGUUAAGUUGAUGCCCAUAUAUAUUUUGUAAUGCCACCUGUUCAACAUGGGUAGUUACAAGUUAGAGAACAUUUUAGCAGUAAAGCUAAUG